UUUAUUUUACCGGUUCAAGGAAUCUAACCGGGCUACUAAUAAAAAUAUCGCGGAAGUUGCUGCCGAACUGUUUCUUGGCACUCUAUUAUUUGGACCAUUUCUCGCGGUUCUGACCAAGUCCGGGAGCGAUCUGCCAAGUCGCACAGUAAAAAAUCCAUCUUGUCUCCCGGACGAAAGGAACACUAGGUGCCGGCAAUGCAUUCGGUGCAUUGGCAGUCGCUCUUGAGUCUUUAAAGAGAUUCGGUCGCGAGUGGCGCGAAUCUCUUUCGCAUUCUGGACCAUCGCGGCUAAGUUUAGGUCCUAAGUGCGCGUGCACGACGGAAAACGGUGGCGCUCGAUAGACGCCCGUGUAAGGACGGGCCGCUGAGCACAAAAUUGACACUGACUAUCUGUCUGCCUGACGUGCCCGAAGAUAGCAAAUCGUUCGGACUUCAGCCUGGCCAAGAUCGUGCACGCCAGUCGCGUAACCAAGGAUAUUCUACCGCGGACGGGGGAGAACCUGAAAAGACUGCCGAUGCCGUUGAUGUUCGCCAGCGCUCGCGCUCACAGCGAGACCAAGCAAAUUCAGCAGGAGGCAAUGAGCGAUAUUAAGAUGCAAGCAUUGAAGGACGUUCAGAUGAUGACCGAAGGACGAGACGUACUGGAGCAUGGUGGGAGAAGCCUGCGGGGAAAGUCCGCGAGAGCGAUAGGAUUCCAGCUGGUGACAGAGUCCUUAAAGAAGUUGUCCAAGAGUCACGAGUUGGCCGAUAUCCGAAAGGUCCAAAAGGAAACUGUGCAGACUUUGGAUGACAGAGCGCACGGCAGAUUGAUAGUCGAAAGGACCAAGGCUCUGCUUGAUGAGGAUAAGCUGAUGCAACCGCUUAACAAACUCAGCAAAGAGUUGCGUGGAUUUGAGCAGAAGUCCAGCGAUUAUUUUCUAGAUAAGAGGUAUCGAGAUCGGGCAAGGCGAGAGCUUUUAUAUAACUGUCGAGGAUGCGAAUAUUAUGUUAAGCGUGGUAGAUAGGUAAGAGUUGUGUUUUGAUCAAGUUUUCGAAGAAAGUAGCACAAAGAAAUAAAUUAUCUUAAUUCUUAGAGAGAUAGAAAAUUUUUAGAAAUGCGUAAAAAAAAAUAAAAUAAUCGAUUUCGAUAAGUAUUUCAUUUUGUCUAGCAAGGAUUUACCAUACUUUAUAUUCCUCAUACUUA